UGUAGUUCCUGAUUUCUCUUCAUAUGCUGCAGUUUCAGUCUUUCUAUUUGCACAAAGUAGAAGAAUUUCUCAGAAGCAGAUUAUCAGUGUUGGAUGUGAAGAUGGGACACACUUGGCUCUGUCUACGGGGUUUUUUCUUUCUGAAUUUACUUUACCGUGGACAAGCUCAAGAUGCUGUACUGACCAUUGAGCCAAACUGGACUACUUUUUUUACCGGAGAGUCUGUUACCUUCAAGUGUGACAUUACAGGAGACAAAGACAGCGACUGGUUUUACUCAAUCUACAGGAAUGAUCAAGAAUGGCCUUUUUACAACAAACAUGAGAGCUAUGAAUUACAUUAUCUAACUCGAGGCUACAGUGGUGCAUACCAAUGUUGUUUUGAUCAGAAGUGCUCAACAAAGGAAAGCAACAAAAUCUAUCUAAAUGUAUCAGACAGACCUAUGGCUGUCCUCACUGUGUCUCCAUCAUGGCCGAGUCCUGGAGCCGCAUUAACUCUGAACUGCAGCGUUGAUCAUCCGUCUGCUGGCUGGAGCUUCUACUGGUAUAAGUCUGUUCCCCAAAAGUCAGACCACUCCUACAACUCCUACAGCUAUGAGCUGCUACCUGGCAGCGAGAAUGGAACUGAACAGCAUCUCUUCAUCAUUGAUGGACAAACGCACACAGCAGGAUAUGUGUGCAAAGCAGGAAGAGAGGAUCGAGUGUAUUACAGUGGGCACAGCAAACCUAAGUUUGUCUGGUCUGGAGAAUUGAAUUCAGCAGCGUCUCUCACAGUGAGUCCUGACAGUGUGCAGCACUUCACCAAAACGUCUGUGUCACUGAGCUGUGAGGGAAACUCCACUGAGUGGAGAGUGAGGAGGUUUACGAAACCUGACUACCUUUAUCCCUGUUCUUCCUCGGGGACAAUGACUGGAUCCACAUGCACAAUAACCAGAAGCUGGGUUAGUGGAGUGUUCUGGUGUGAGUCUGAAACAGGACAGUUCAGUAAUGCAGUCAACAUCACUAAAGAUGAUUAUGAAAUGAUCCUGGUGAGUCCUGUCCGUCCUGUGGCUGAGGGACUUUCUGUCACUCUUCGCUGCAAGUUCAAGACAGGAACUGUUCUUUAUAAUGUGGAUUUCUAUAAAGAUGACAAACUCAUCCAGAGCGAUACCAGGAAGGAGCUGAACAUCUCUGCAGUGUCAAAGUCAGACGAAGGCUUUUAUAAAUGUAAACAGAGAGAUUCAGCAGAUGGUGGGACGUCACCAGAGAGUUGGUUCUCAGUCAAAUCAGCGUCCGGGCCUGGAAAAGCCUCUCAAUUUCCCAUUCUUCUGAUCGUUGGGCUGCUUGGUGGAGUUGUACUGAUUAUUCUCCUGCUGCUGUUCCUGUAUUUAUACAGAAAGUCAAAAGAUUCAUGCUGUAUCAGAUCUCAGAGGACCAAUCAGAGCACUGCUAGAGACCACAUGAUCAACCAGAAUGAAACUAACCAAAGGGAAUAUGCUUCUGUUCUUCAGGAUAAUGCCUGUCUCUAUGAAUCAGUCAAAGGCCCUGAAGAACCUGCAAAUGAUGAAUCCAUGGAUGUGACAUAUUCUGUGGUCGAGCUCAAAAACAUUUCUAAGAAGGGGAAGAAAAAUGAACCGGAGGAUUGUGUUUACUCACAUGUGCAGAUGACAUCAGCUGCAGGGAAGUCAAGUCCUGCACCAGCGGAUGAAACUGUUUAUUCUGAACUCAAACCAGGAACAGCUCUUGGUAAAAUUGCAGCGUAACAUCAUAUCAAACAAUGCCUUCUGUAAGGACAAGACGAAUGGAAACAACAUACCAAAACAAAACCUUUGUUUAUUAAACCUUAUUUGCAGCUUUGCUCUCCAUUUAUCAGCGAGUAUUUUGUACAGUGCAUGUAAUAGCGGAAAAUGUAAAAUAAAUGCAUCGUAAGGCUUUAAUCUAUGUUUAUUUAAAAAAAGUAAGCUUUGUUUUGCAUCAAUAAACUUGACUUUAAUUGCUUCUACA